UAGUCUUUGAACUCUAACCAUCCAUGCACUCUUCCUUUCCACAGAACAGGCCCCUGUUUCAGGCUGACUUCAUCCUGCUGGAUGGAAUUCCAGCCAAUGUGAUCCAAAGAGGGAAGCAGUACCAGGCUGCAGCCCUCGUCAUGGUGAAGAUGGAGCCUUCUGGGAAGCUGCUACCCAUGGUCAUCCAGAGAGGAGAUGAGGACCCAGACGCCGACCGAAGACCACAUGGAGGCACAGACAAGAGGGUGGCCACUUACAAGCCAAGGAGCCAGGCCUUAGAAGAAACCAAUUCUGCUGAUACUUUCGUCUUGGACUUCUGGGAUCCGGAACUGUGAGAAAGAAUAUUUCUGUUAUUUGAGACCUCCAUCUGUGGUAUAUUGUUACGGUAGCCCUAGCAAACUCGCAUAGAUUUUUGAUACCAGAAAGUAGAAUGCUACUCUAAAAAAUAUGCAAAAAUGUGGAAGUGGAUAAUGAGUAGAGGCUGGAAGAGUUCGGAGGUACAUGCUGCAAAGGCCUAGAUGGUCUCCUUUAUGUGUUUAAUUUUUUGGUCAAAAAUAUUUUAAUUGUUUUUCAAAGAGUUCUGGGAAAAUAAUUACCUAAGGAAAAGAAAUAGCAUCGCUUAUAGGCGGGUUGGAAUACCAGCCCUUAAGCUUUACUGAGAAAUGGAGAAAUUCUUCUUGGUGGGAGUCCUGAAUUGCAUUAAAUGGAGGGAUAGGGUUAAGGUGUUUAUUUUGUGUUUUUUGCUUUCAGCUUUUGGUGGUUUUGGUGGUGGUUGUUCCAAGUGAGUCCAAAACCCAACAGGGAAAAGAACAUUUAAUCUUAAAACUUGAGAACCUUCCUUGACUCCAUGGCCCAUGUUCCAGAUAUACUAGGAUGUGGUUGGGCGGCCCAGGGCUUCAGGUGGCCCUUCCCCCAUGGCUUUGCUGGGUGCAGCCCAGGCAGCAGCUCUUACAUGUUGGAGUUUGAUGCCUGAGGCUCUCCCAGGGUGGCCUUGCACACUGCUGGCUCUACCAUCCUGGAAUCUUGGGGCUAGCCUCCUCCCCACAGCUCUGCUGGGCAUUGCCCUAGUGGGGACAUUCUGUGGUGUCCCUCCCCUGUGGCAGUUCUCUGCCUGACCCCAAGGCUUUCUGGGACAUACUUUGAAAUGUAGGUGGAGGCAGCCAUGUCCCACAGCUAUUGCACUCUGUGCACCUGCAGAAUGAGCACCAUGUGGAUGCUGCUGAAGAGUUUUCUGUCUGUACCCUCUGGAGGGGUGACAUCAUGUUCCCCACUCCACCAGGGCCCAUUGAGCAACAGUUGGAGCAGCCAAGGAAAGCACCACAGCACAAUAUGGGAACCAGUGCCUUCAGGGAGUGCUGGGCAGCAAGCCCCAAGGUCCCCAGGGCCCACCUUGGAAACCGUACUCCCGUCAGUGCCCUGGCACCAUGGACCUGUGAUGAGAGUGCAGCCUGAGUGAUCUACAAAAUACCUUCAGGGUCGCUCUUCCAUUGUCCUUGUGAGGAGCCCAGCCCUGAUCCACGCAGGCCUCCUGACCCACAUCCACGUGUUCUCUCCCAAACACACUUUAUCUGUUCAAUAUGGACAGACUGAGAAGGCUAAAAAUUUCCCGGAUCUUUAAGUUCUGCUUCCCUUUUGAUUAUAAGUUCUGUCUCUAAAUCAUUCCUCUUUUCUUUCAUUUUCCUAUAAACCUUCAAAAGAAUCAUGCCACUCCUUCAAUACUUUAUUUGCUUAGAUAUUUCUUCUGCCAAAUUUCAGUUUCAUCACUCACAAGUUCUGCCUUCCACUAAACACUAGUGCUUUGCCACUUUAUGGCAAGCGUCACUCACCUUUCCUCCAGUUUCCAUUUACCUCUUCUUUAUUUCCAUCUGAGUUUGAGACUUCAUCAGAAUGACCUUUCCUUUCCAUAUUCUUUUUUUUUUUUUUUUUUUUUUUUUUGAGACUUUGUCUUGCUAUCUUGGCCAGGUUGGUCUUGAACUCUUGGCCUCAAGCAGUCCUCCCGCCUCGGCCUCCCAAAGUGCUAAGAUUUCAGGUGUGAGUCACCAUGCCCGACCCCCUCCAUAUGCUCCAACAUUCUGUCCAGACUUUCUCUUCUGAGCCCUCAACGUAAUCACCCUUAAUGAAGAGUCAUAAGGAGAAGAUGGCCACCAACAUGCUAGGAGAUGGUCCUGGAACAGAGCCUUCCUGCACAGCCUCAGAAGAAGCCCACCCUGCUGACACCUUGACCUUGGACUCAUGGCCUCCAGGACUGCGAGACAGUAAGAUUCUGUUGUUGAGGGUGCCCAGUCUGUGGUCCUGUAAAACAGCCCUAGGAAACUAACGCAGCCUGUUAGCCCACAGAUGGUGAAGAGGUGGAGUGUGCAAUGGAGCUCCAGGCUGUCUACAGCUCCCAAAGUGCACUACGGGACCCUUGGGUGGGUGUAGGUAUGGGGUGUAGGUAUGCAAGAUAAUUUGGGUGGUGCAGGGCGAAUAUUAUCAACUUAUAUAAUGGAUUUAUCUUACUGGAUAAAACAGGGGUUCCCUCCUGUUUGGAACCAGGCUGCACAGCAGGAGGUGAGCAGCCAGCCAGUGAGCAAAGCUUCAUCUGUAGAAACAGCUGCUCCCCAUCCCUCACAUUGAGCUCCAUUACGGCAUGAGCUCUGCCUCAUGUGAGAUGAGCGGUGCCGUUAGAUUCUCAUAGGAGUGUGAACCCUACUGUGAACUGCGCAUGCCAGGGAUCUACACUGCGUGCUCCUUAUGAGAUCCUAAUGCCUGAUGAUCUGUGACUGUGUCCCAUCACCCCCAGAUGGGACCAUGUAGUUACAGGAAAACAAGCUCAGAGCUUCCACUGAUUCUAUAUUAUGGUGAGUUGUGUAAUUGUUUCGUUAUAUGUUACAGUGAAAUAAUAAUAGAAAUAAAGCACACAAUAAAUGUAAUGGGCUUGAAUCAUCUCUGCAUCAUCCCUUCCCCUUCUCCCUGGUUCGUGGAAAAGUUGUCUUCCAUGAAACUGGUCUCUGGGACCAGAAAGGUUGGGGACUACUGGUGUAAAUGCUUGUAAGAAUAGUUAAGCAACUUAAGGUUUACAUGCUGCUAAAAAUAUGGGCUUCAAUGCUAAGAAAAAUGAAUUCACAUGAAAACACUAUCUUGCUGUGGUCCAGGGAAUCUAAACCAUUCUAACAGACUGUUCAGCUUGGAGCUGGAGCUGCGCUCCCACAUCUGGUCCACCUUAUAUCCCUGCACCACACACACAUGCACAUAUGCAUACAGACAUGUACACAUGCAUACACACAUGCACAUGCACACACACACAUGCACACAUGCACACACACACAUGCACACAUGCACAUAA